AUGGAUCACACACUGUUUGGAUGCCUGCGGGGUCCCCACGCCCCUCCUCAGGCCCUGCACCCUGCUUUUGCCCUGCAUGGCCGCUCAGAGCACCUUUCAGCCUACCCUGACCUCUCCUCAUCUUCCUCGUCCUCCACAUCUUCUUGCGUGGUGAACUGUUACCUGGGUGAGGAUGGAUUCUUUACAGGGCACGGGCACCAACGUGGACCGCCACUCACUCAGCAACAUCACCCUGUAACACCUCACCAACAGCAGAACAGCUGGCACGUACCACAGUUAUCCAGCCCGCCAACCAGCAAUGCACGCUUAGGACUGGGAAUGGCUGGGCCUGACACUGGAUCCUCGGACAUAGGACCCGGGGGCCCCAGCCUGUGCGCUAGCACACCAAGCCUUGGUGGUACUGCACUAUCGGGGGUCUCCUGUUUAUCAGGUGGGGACUUUGGAAGGCAAACAAUGUCCCCAGCUGAGGCAGAGAAGAGAAACGGAAAGCGACGAAGUGACAGCUCAGAGUCCCAAGAUGGAAAUUGCAAAUCAGAUUCAAGUAGCAAGCCCCGGAAAGAGCGAACAGCCUUCACUAAAGAACAGAUCCGGGAGCUGGAAGCAGAGUUUGCCCAUCAUAACUAUUUGACCAGACUGAGGCGUUAUGAAAUAGCAGUAAAUCUGGACCUCACAGAAAGGCAGGUGAAAGUGUGGUUUCAGAACAGACGGAUGAAGUGGAAGCGAGUGAAAGGUGGGCAGCAGGGUGCUGUGGCAAGAGAAAAAGAACUGGUGCAUGUAAAAAAGGGGACGCUGCUGCCCUCUGAGUUUUCAGGUAUCGUCGGACUCCACCACAGAGCAGACUCACUGGUUAAUGAGGACAGCCAUGACAGUGACCAGAGCUCUGAGCAUGCUCAGUUAUGAUACAGAGACAUCUUGCUUGCAGCUAUGCUGCACAUCUGGGGAUGUGUCCCGAUGCCAUGGCGAUCAGGGUUGCUAGAAAAUUUAAGAAGCAGAGCUAGGUAAAUUAGCCGUUGAUCCAUAGGGCUUCGUUAAGGCUCACCAAGACCUGGAGGACUGUAGGCUUAGAUAGCUAAUACAUUGAUAAUAUAUAUCCAUAUAUGUAUAAUUAGUAGCAGCUGAGGGUCAGUGAUUAUGCAGAUCACACUUUAUGGAAUGACUCUGUUAUACUUAUCAAACUUUGACAGUUUAACAUUGAGAACAAUAUUAUUAAUUUGUCAAUUUCUGUCCAAGUGCCUUGUCAUAAAUAAGGGGGUUUUACCUGGUUGCUCGUAACACAAUUGCUGUGCACUUUAGGUGUAUAAUGAUCAUACAUAAAUGCAUGUAUGACUCCUAAAAUCAGCAUUGCAU